CUACAGUCUUUCAUUUGCCUUUCACCCUUUGCUGCGUUGGCAGCUUCAACUAAAUUAAACAAAAAUUAAUAAGCAAUUCGCGAACUUCGAAGAAAAAAUUAUCUUUUAAAGUUUUGUGGAAGCUGUUUUAAACGAGUUUGCGACAGAAUGGUGCGCUGGAGUGAGGUAGGAGUAAAUAUCAAGGGAAUGCUCAAAGUAAAAGUUCGCUUAAAGCAUAAUAAUAAAUAUAAAAAACGGAAAAUUAAGGAAGAAACUUACCUCUACGAUCCCAACAUUUUGCUGCAAUUGAACUUCCAUCAAAGUCCGGCCAAAUUCGAGCCAUUCAUUUCGGCCGCAUACCCUGGCGAAAACUGGCUUAAGGUGCGUCCACUAAAGGACGGUGACUAUGAUCGUGGCUUCCUCAAACUGCUCUCACAACUCACCGAGGUGGGACAUGUGACACGCACGCAAUUUUUAACUCGUUUCUCGCAGAUGAAGGCCAGCGGCGAUUACUAUGUAACUGUGAUCGAGGAUACGCGCAAAGAUGAGAUAAUCGGUGCCGCUUCACUUAUUGUCGAACGAAAAUUCAUACACAAUUGUGCUGUUCGUGGCCGCCUAGAAGAUGUGGUUGUCAAUGAUACUUACCGCGGCAAGCAGUUGGGUAAACUUAUUGUGGUAACUGUCAGCCUGCUGGCUCAGCAACUGGGUUGUUAUAAAAUGUCACUAGACUGCAAGGAUAAGCUGAUUAAAUUCUACGAGUCACUAGGCUAUGUACUCAUUCCCGGAAAUUCGAAUUCAAUGACAAUACGCUAUGAUGAGGGUCCAGCUGCAGUGCGGCACAAUAACACAGCGCUAGUUGGUGGCGAUGCUAACAACACCAGUCAAACUGUGAGCCUCGAUUUUGCUUCCUGACAAUUAGCCACCAGUAGCGCCACUAAAUCGAAAUUAUAAAUGUAUGCAACGUCAAUUUAUGAGAAGAGGAACAAAUCUGUUGUAAUUUAAAGGGGUAGUGUUUUUCACACAAAUUCAUUUUAUGGUUCUUGUUCUUGGUUCUUGUUUUCGUUGCAAACAUUUUAAAUUUCGGUUCAAUGACAAAGCGCUCUAUAGUAAAAAAAUUAAAAAAAAAAUACUUAACUCCAUAAAUGAUCAUUACCUGGAGCGCUUUGUAGAGCGGCGGUGCUGGUAGGCGGUGGUGCCUUGCAACUGAUGUUUAUGUCAAUUGCUUUUAUUUAAAAAAAAAUCAUCAAUAACAUCAGUUGAGGCAUACAAUAAAAAAAAUAAUUUAUUUUUAUUUGUAUUUCUUGUACUUAUACUUUUUUAAGUAUACGUCUUUAUGCGUACAAUGCAUAUUAAGUUUAACCGUAUGAUUUGAUUUUGAUUUUUUACUUGCAAACGCGGCUGGCACAAAAAGGUAGUAGUCAUAUUACCAUUUAAAAGUACGUUCAUAAAAUAGCUAACUGUAAACCGAAAAUAGCUAAACCUUUUUUAGUUUUGCUGCUGUUGAAAUAUUAUUAUGUAGA